CAUUUGGAAACAUGGCAACAUGGUUAUUUAAGUUGGCUUGUUUUGAUGUUUGCGAAGUUUCAUAAAAUUAAAUCGAAAUUGUAUAAUUAGCCUAGAAAUCUGAAGAAUUUUGAUUAAAAUGUUUAAUCAAAGUGUAAACAGCUUCAAUGCGGCAGCAGCACCGAGUACUGCAAAUCCGAUGAAAGAUUUUGAAGUAACGUCUCCCCCAGAUGAAUCUAUUAGUUCUUUGGCGUUUUCACCCGCUACAAUUCCUCAAAAUUUUCUAAUUGCCGGCAGUUGGGACAAUAACGUAAGGUGUUGGGAGGUAGAGCAGACCGGUAAAACCAUUCCUAAAAGCAUGCAAACUUGCGGUGCUCCUGUUUUGGAUGUUUGCUGGAGUGAUGACGGAUCGAAGGUGUACAUGGCUGGGUGUGAUAAACAAGCGAAAGCAUGGGACUUGGCAAGUAAUCAAGUGAUGCAAGUUGCCCAACAUGAUGCACCGAUUAAGACUUGUCACUGGAUUAAAUCACCCAAUUACAGCUGUCUAAUGACCGGCUCUUGGGAUAAAACGCUUAAAUUUUGGGAUCCACGAAGUCCGACGCUUAUUAUGAGUAUCAACUUGCCGGAAAGGUGUUACUGCGCCGAUGUAGAUUAUCCAAUGGCUGUGGUGGGAACUGCAGGUCGUCACAUUAUUGUCUACCAAUUGGAAGGAACUCCACAGGAGUACAAGAGAUUGGAAAGUCCACUGAAAUACCAGCAUCGCUGCGUUUCCAUUUUUAGGGAUAAAAAGAAAUCUCCGACCGGUUAUGCACUAGGUUCCGUUGAGGGAAGAGUUGCGAUACAAUACGUCAAUCCCACCAAUCCCAAAGACAAUUUUACUUUUAAAUGUCACCGUUCAAACGGCACUCCAAAUGGAUACCAGGACAUUUAUGCAGUAAACGACAUUGCUUUUCAUCCGGUUCAUGGAACGUUGGCCACUGUAGGCUCCGAUGGUUCGUUCAGCUUUUGGGAUAAGGAUGCUCGAACCAAACUGAAACCUUCGGAAUUAAUGGAACAGCCUGUUACACGUUGUGCAUUUAAUCAUAAUGGACAAAUCUUUGCAUAUGCUGUAAGUUACGAUUGGAGUAAAGGGCACGAGUAUUACAACCCCAUGAAAAGGAAUUACAUUUUUCUACGCCCUUGUUACGAUGAGCUGAAACCGAGAUCCGCUUCUUAAUUGUGUACAUUUAUACUUUGCUUAUGUUCUAUCAUGUAUUGAUUUUUACUUUGCUUUUAGCAUAAGGUUUCUGGUAGAUAAACAAUAAAAUAAAUUAAUCGUUUAUCUUUAUU